ACUCUACCGGCCAGGGUGCUGGAGGCAGUGGUACGGAUGCAGGACAGAUUCGAGCGACUGCGCCCAUGUGGAGAUGUUCCCGUAUCAUGCACAUGCAGAGAGACCUGCACCCCACGCUGCUGUCUUCUCUAGAGGGAAUUGUCGACCAGAUGGUGUGGUUCCGAGAGAACUGGUACGAGGAGGUUUCACGGCAGCUGCAGCAGGGGCUGGCAAAGUGCUACUCCGUCGCCUUCGAGAACAGAACUGCAGUGAGUGACGCUAAGAUAACCCCCCACACCCUAAACUUCGUCAAAAAGCUCGUCAGCACGUUUGGCGUUGGCGUUGAAAGUGUCACCAACGUUUCCUCCACCUUCUCGAGCGCGGCUUCAGAAUCUCUCGCCCGCCGAGCCCAGCAAACAUCGCAGGAUCCAGUCUUCCAGAGGAUGAAGACUCAGUUUACUACCGACUUCGACUUCAGUGUUCCAGGCUCCAUGAAGCUCCACAACCUCAUCUCCAAACUGAAAAAGUGGAUCAAAAUCCUGGAGGCAAGAACCAAACUCAUGCCAAAGUCAUUCCUGAUAGAAGAGAAGUGCCGUUUCCUGAGUAACUUCUCCAUGCAGACAGCAGAGGUCGAGAUUCCCGGCGAAUUCCUACUGCCCAAGCAUAACCACUACUACAUCAAGAUCGCCAAGUUCCUGCCUCGAGUGGAGAUUGUUCACAAGCACGGGACCGCUGCCCGACGACUCUACAUCCGCGGCCAUAACGGCAAGAUCUACCCGUACCUGGUGAUGAACGACGCGUGCCUGAGCGACUCACGGCGGGAGGAACGGGUACUGCAGCUGCUCAGGAUGCUCAACCACUUCCUCGAGAAGAGAAAGGAGACAGCUCGGCGUAACCUGCAGUUCACAGUUCCCCGUGUGGUGGCCGUGUCGCCUCAGAUGCGUCUGGUCGAGGACAACCCCUCCUCUCUCUCACUGCUGUCCAUAUACAAACAGCGCUGUGCUAAGAAGAUGAUGGAGCAUGACGCUCCCAUCUCACGGUACUAUGAGAGACUCCUGAUGGUCCAGGCAAGAGGAGCCCAGGCCAGCCACCAGGUGCUAAGGGACAUCCUGAAGGAGGUACAGACCAACAUGGUGCCGCGCUCCAUGCUGAAGGAGUGGGCAUCGCACACCUUCCCUGACGCUACUGACUACUUCCACUUCAGGAAAAUGCUGACGCAGCAGCUAGCCCUGAUGGGUUUUGUGGAGUUUGUUCUGCACCUGACGCGGCUGAACCCUGAGAUGCUGUACGUAGCACAGGACUGUGGACAGCUCCACGCCUCUUACUUCAGAUUCGACAUCAACGAUGCUUCAGGUGACCUUGACGCAAACCGGCCAGUCCCGUUCCGCCUGACGCCAAACAUAUCGGAUUUCCUGACGCCCAUCGGCGUCAGCGGCGUGCUGACAUCGUGUAUGAUCGCGGCGGCUCGAUGCUUCGUGCAGCCGAACUUCAAACUGGACAGUCUCCUAAGGGCUGUGCUGAGGGACGAGCUGAUCUACUGGCACAAGAAGAAACAGGACGAGCUACACGUAGGAAGUACGCAACCACAGGACAUGGAUGGAGAAGUGCUUAUCACAAUGGUCAACAAAGCUGUCAACGCCAUCAUGACUCGGCUACAGAACCUGGCGCAGUUCGAGGGUGGGGAGAGCAAAGUCAGCACUCUGGUGGCAGCAGCCAACAGCCCAGACAACCUGUGCCGCAUGGACCCGGCCUGGCACCCCUGGCUAUAACAAUGGAACAGUCCAAAUGCCUCCUCUGGAGGUAACAAUGGUAUAGUCCAAAUGCCUCCCCUGGAACUAACAGUGUUACACCUCUAGUUUAUAAACACUACACAGAUAAUAUCAUAUAUUGACAGUCAUUUGGACAGAUAUACAAUGUAGAUGUAUUACUAAGCAAAUUUCACAUCACAAACAUGGUAACUUGGCAGUGAUACAGUAUAAAUGGCACCCCUGGUUAUAAGAAUAGUGCAGUCCAAAUGCCUCCCCUGUCUGCAAUAGUGUUACAGUCCAAUUCACCUCUACUAGUUUACUAGUAUUAAAACUACACAAUUCAUUAACAGUCAUUUGGCCAGAUACAUGUAGAUGUAUUACUAAGCAAAUUUCACAUUACAGACAUGAUAACUAUAUUAGGUUAUCAGUGAUGCAGUAUAAAUGCUGAAAACAUGGUUGUAGAUAUAUUUAUGUGGAGUUUGUGCUUGGGUUUGUCUCCCACCGAUGUUCUAGACAUAUGUACAUAUUGUGUAGACUGCAUCUUAACCAGUGAAUCACGCAUAUGUGAGACAAAAUCCAGUCAAAAUGUAUGGUAAUCAAAUGAAGAAAUAUUCUAGCCUCAAAAGCAUGCCAAAAACUGGGGGUUUGGGGGUCUUCAGGGUCUUUGGGAGCUUUUAUGUGCUAUUUUCUGAUUGCAUGUAGACAACAUAGCCGGCCUGGUUGAAUUACCCCCGUUUUUUUAGAACUGGGCUAAUCAGAAAACAGCCGAAGAAGUUUUUGAAAUGUUAGCCAGGAAUUCCUGAAUGUGAAUAUUCAAUGCUGUAUUGCCAUAUGUUUCUGUUACUUUUCUAUGAGCCACAAAAAGGAUCUAACAUCUUUUUGCUUAAAGAAAAUUAGGAAAUUUUUGGGAACGAUUCUUUUCAAUAAUCUAACUGAUGUGUAAGAUAGAAAUGAUAGACAAUUGUAUGAAAGUAGUUUUGGCGGGGAAUUGUGAUAUUUUGUAGCAAAUCUGAGAAAAACCUUGUUGUAACCUUCAGUUGCAAUUGUAGCAAUUCUUAGUCACAAUGUAGCAAUAGAGAAAACUGACACAAGUACAUGUAGGCUACAAAGGGGGUUUAGUGAAGACUGAUGUUAGCAUUAUUUUGUAUAUUGAAUGUCUGUAGUGAUAGUACUGUUAUGUUAUGUUAUGUUAGAAUUAAUCCGAAGAAACAUUGACUUGCAUCCCCCCCAUUAAAGCCCCCCACCCCCAUGCAUUUCCCCAUCAAGAAUGACAUUGAUAGGUGCAUUGUCUCCCCUCUAUUCGAGGAAGGAAGAGUUUUCUCUAUUUUUAUAUGCAGCCAUUUGGGGACUUUUGAAAACGUAAGGAAUACUAUAAUUUGUUACUGUGAGGAAAGACUUAGAUGCACCUUUCCAGCGUAGCUUAGUUGUUUUGAAUACAUUUCAGUUUAGGCCACACCAAUUUAUUUCCUUGGUUCUUGGCCCUUGUCCUGCUGGCAUUUUUUACACAAUAUUUUUUACACAUUUUUACACAAUAUAACUUCCGCAUUCCUUGUGUUUCGCUGUGGUGUGAUGCAUUGCACAAGAAAUACCCCAAAUCUUACCUAUAAAGGGUCCUAAAUAGAUGGUACUGUAUGUGUAACCCAUAUAUAUAUAUAUAUAUGUAUAU